AUGUCUUCAUCCACGACAAUGAGUUCUUGGUCAUCAACGGUUGAUGAUCAAGGAAAUAGGGAUGCUGUUCUUUUUGUCAUCGAUUGUUCAACAUCAAUGAUGAAUAAAGAUGAAAAUGGAGAUUCAGCUUUUCAUUUAGCAAUUCAAUGUGCUUCAUCAAUUAUGAUGAAUAAAAUCAUUAGUGAAAAUAGUUCUGACUUUUUAGGUGUAAUGUUUAUUGGAACGGAAAAAAAUCAAAAUCCUCUUGAUAAAAAACAUAUUUAUGUUCUUCAAAAUAUGGAUUUAUCAGAUAUCCAUAGAGUUAUGGAAUUAAAUAAUAUUCAAGAAUAUGGAAUUACUGAUGAACAAUAUCCAUUAGGUGACGUUUUCUGGGUUUGCAGUGAAUUAUUUAAUUCAGUAACUUCCCCAACUGUAAGAACAAAGAGAAUAUUUUUAAUAACAAAUGAAGAUAAUCCGCAUUCCACUAAGCCUGUUUUACGUAGUGCAGCAAUCACUCGUGCAAGGGAUUUGAUUGAAUCGAAAAUAGAGAUAGAUUUAUUCAGUAUUGAUAAGCCAGAUUCAACUUUUAAUUUACAUUCCUUCUAUUGGGAAAUACUUUCCACGAAUGAUGAAUUUGAUGAUUUCACUCAUAUUAAUACAUCCAAAAGCUUUGAAGCUUUACGUUCUCGAAUUAUAUCCAAAGAAUCUCCUAAACGAUCAAUAUUUUCUGUACCAUUUCAUUUGUUUGAGGGUGAAGUCCAGGAGCGAAAAAAACCUAAUUAUAAAUGGGUUCACAUGAGGGGUGAAACUACUCAAUUAUUACCUCAAGAUAUUAAACAUUAUGUUCAUUAUGGUGGUGAAAAGAUUGUCUUUACUACCGAAGAAUUACAAAAGAUUAAAGAAAUUGGGGAAAAAGGUAUAACUCUUCUUGGGUUUAAACCAGAGACUUCAUUGAAACCUCAUUACAAUAUGGAGCACCCCUAUUUUCUAUAUCCUGAUGAGGAGCAAUAUGAAGGUAGCAGAAGAACUUUUGCAGCUUUACAUCAGAAGAUGAUUGAAAUGAAAAAAGUUGCAAUCUGUGUUGCUAAUUUUCGUCAUGGAGUAUCAAUGAAAUUUGUUGCAUUAAAGGCUGAGCCUGAAGUACUUGAUGAUGAAGGACAACAAAUUCAUCCUCCCGGAUUUUAUAUGUUUACAUUGCCAUUUGCAGAUGAUCUUCGACCACUUCCACCUCAUUCUACCAUUACUCCAGCUCCUGACACCAUGAUUGAUUUUACUAAACCUAUAAUUGAGAAACUUCAAAUUAAAGGGGGUUAUAAUCCAAUAAAAUUUCCCAAUCCUACAUUGGCUAGGUUUUAUGAUGUUUUAAUAGAUUUGGCACUUGAUCAAGAUAUUAAAGAAGAAAUCCAAGAUGAAACUUUACCAAAAUAUGGGUUAAUUGAAAAGCGUGUCGGUGAAUGUAUUAAAAUCUUCAAUGUUGAGGCAAAUGAACAAGCGAAUAAUUUAUACACAAAUUUCCCAUCAUCUCCGCCAAAACAGUUAUCUACUACUAGAUCUAGAGGACCAAAAUCUCAAUUUGAUAUAUCGACCUUACAUUCAGAUGACAAACUUAAUAAGGCAACUGUUGCUCAAUUAAAAGAAUUUCUUAGUGGAGUGGGAAUUAAACCAGCUAGUAGAAAAGAUGAUCUGAUUAAACAAUGA